CCCAUGCAAGCCACACCAUCCACCUCCACGCACAGCAGCGCAAGCGGCGCCCACGAUGCUCCCAUCUGCAUCGGCCAGCGCGUGCGCUUUGACGUAGAAUGCGUCCUCAUUCCGGACCCGAGCCCUGUGUCCCGCUUGCCGCGUCUCAUCACCAAGUCCUACACCGUGCCCCUCUGGCGGCGGCGCAACCAAGACCUGUCGCCCGCGUCCGACUCGGAAGCCGACACGAGGGAGGAGGACCAUGUCUUCCUCCUCAAGGUCCCUGUUCCCAGUAUCACCAUCAAGUCCCGCUCUCCUACACGUUUGAACCAGCCGCUAGUGCCCUGCAUCGUCAAUCAUGACCCUGCGUCUCCGCCGCCGCCGGGCCUACACAGACACCGUGCAGCGCGUCAGACAUCGCUGUCUCCGCGUCUCCACUCGCACGUCAUCACGGUGCCUCUGCGUUCCUGCUGUCCAGACUGCGUCGCGCCCACCGAGGACUCGCUCCGGCUGGGCGACAGCUGGCAGGAGCGCUUCACGCGCGCUGCACGGCGGCGGCGGAGCUCGAGCGCGGACUCGCGAGACAACGUGCCGCCGCGCCGCCGGCUCGUGGACGCGAUGCCCGGGUUCGACUCGAUCAUCGCGGUCGACGAGGUGGACAAGAUCAGUCGCUCGCGCCGCGCUGAAACGGAUCCUGAGCCGCCAGCGGUCGACGAGGAGACGCUUCCUCCGUCGUUCUCGCGCAAAGGCACCACACGCGCGGCGUUUAGCGGGACGCACGUCGUGUGCGCUACGCAUGCUGUGCAGGAUCUCGAGCCGUCUCCCGUAGACGACUCGGAACAGGAACAGGACGAAGAUCCGUUCGCGCGCCGCACGGAUGCGAUAGUGCUCCCGAACUUCGAUUUUGGGCCGGGCAUGUUCGAUGUCGAUGAUCUUGUGCUGGUGAACUUGGUGCGGCCCGUGCGUAUCCUGCGGGGUACCCGCGCGUCGCUCUCGAACGACGGCCACCCGCCUCCCCCGACUCUCUUGCACAGCCGACAAAGAUCAAUGCCCCUGCUGUCUUCACGGCCGGCCGCGCCGCCUUACAUGUCCGCCGACCUCCCUGGACCACCGCCAAUGGGCCAUUCCCGCUCGCCGCCCCCUCAUUGGAAACGUCCCCACAUCACCUUGCCCGGCCCGGCGGCGUUCUUGAAGGUGUCGGCCGAGUUCAUCAAGAGCGUUAGCAUGAGUGCGGGAACACCCAUGUCCUUGUAGGUCUCCCGUCGUUGUCACGCUUCACGCGAGAAGUCUGCAUCGCCCCGUCUCACCCUGCACUUUCGUGUGUUUGCUGUGAUUCCAUCUGCCGUUCCGUUCAUCAACGCUGUUUUAUACCACGCAAUCAGGCUCCUCCAUCAUCGUGCAGAGUUCUGGCCCCAUUCCCUCUGUCUGUGUUGCUCAAAAUGACUUGUACAUCUGAUUGUGCCUGCUGGUGGGUGCUGUGCGGUGAUUGUUCUCUGCUAUCGUGUCGUGCUUGAAUACUGCAUGUUCUGUACUCUAAUGCGUCGAAUGCAUAUGUAUAAUAUCAUGCCUUGCGUCCUUUGCAUCU